UUCUAACUCAGCCCAGCUUUUUGUAAGUUACCACGUGAUUUAAGAUUACACCGGCAGUCUCGGGCGUAGGUUCUUGAGGCAGACCCUGGUUGCAUCAUUCAUUUGUCCCUGUAAUUUCGUUUUUCUCCUGCGCGUUCCUUAUUCAAUCUCGAUAUCAACAAACGACGAAGAAUAGUUCAUUGAGUUCGAAGGUCCCGGAAGGAAACAUCAUAUUUUCAAGAGAACGCGCCGCCAUGUCUCGGUUUACUCGAUCCCUCCGGGUACCCCGGCCUAAGAGCCUAUUCGGCAUCACCAGCCUCCAAACCGGCGUCGAACUUAUCGCUCUGGCUCUCGUCUUCAACAAGAUCACUGGCGUUUACGGACUCCUGGCCAUUCUUACUGGAUAUCAGCUAUCUCUCCUCCAGCUCUCGACAUACGUCUACUCUAUUGCUGUUCUCAUAGGGCUAGCAAUUCUUAUUCCUCACAUUCGGCGACAGAGCCCCUUUGAAUGUUUGGCGCUCGCAUGGCUUUACAUUAUCGACACCGUUAUCAAUGCAGCAUACACCGCAGCCUUCGGCCUGGACUGGUAUUUCUCUACUCAACUGAGCGAGACAACCGAAUCCAAGAAGACGGAUCUCCCUAACUUUGUGGCUGAGGGUAUGCAAGGUCUGCGUAAGGAGGCUGCCAUGCAUGGAAAAGUCGUUCCUCAGGAAACGGCUGCCAGCAUGUUGCUGAUUGUUGGCGCGACGUUGAUCCGUGUGUAUUUCAGUUUCAUCGUCAUGGCGUAUGCAAAGCAGGUGUUGCAAAAGUACAUGCAACUGAUGAUUCUGGAAGGCCCUGGCGUUGAUGACCAAGAAGGUCCUUUCGCUGAGGAUCUUCCUGACGGUGAGGGCCGCCGGGGCCGCCUUGGCCGUUUGAUGGUAUCAUGUGGCAGAGCUUACUGGCUUGACACCCGGGAGUCUGAUGAAUGGGCUCCCAAUCUGGGAGGACCCAACAAGCCCGUCUCAGCGGGCACGCUCUCUGGCGAGGUUUAAACCGUUUCAUGCGGAAUCUACCGCGCAUCACUGGGCGACCCUGAUGAAUCAUUCUCAGGGCUAGAAGUCAGAUGAAUAAUAAGCGGACAGGCCGUGAGGGAGAGCAUGCUCUCUUUUUUGCAUUUCGUGAUGCAAUAUAGGGCCGGUGUUUCGGGUUCAGCCAUUCGCUUGUUCGUGGUCAAUGGACAAACACGAUAGACGGAGUUUGUUUAGUAUGAAUGUGGCAUCUUGAAGAUCCAAGGGGAAACAAGCAUAAGUCAAAUCCAGUCUAACACGGAAAGUAUGCCGGUGACUCGGCCGGCACGGAGGAACUGCGGCAUAUGCGGCGAAAUCGCGGCAUGUUGUGGAUUGAUUGAACGGCCGUUGCGGGUUGUCAGGGCGGAUGAGCCGACAUGAGAUGUUGAAAGCGGAUUGCGUGAUAGGACAAUCCCAGUACAAUGCUGGGAGACCUGAGAGGCACAUGAUAUCAUCUCGUCAUUGCAUACUGGGCUGUCAUGGAUCGAUGAGGGCAAGGUUCGUCUCUUGUAUACUAGAGUUGUUCUGGGUUAUGAAUUGGGUGCAUCGAGUACAAAAUAUUGGAUAAUGAUAAUACGUGCUACGCAGCUUAGCACCUAAUACACCUUUUGGUUAGACAAUGAAAUUGAAUGCUAAGAUCUGCCCUCUCACAAACUGGUAUUGUCAUGACUGUUUACUUUCAUCUUGAUAUGAUUGAUGGCGAAACCGGCCAAUGACAUUUGAGCAGUUAAUCAAUCAGUAAGCCUCAGUAUAAAAUACCUAGCUAGCCUC